GCACAUAUGAUAAAGUAAAUGAUCUUAGUGGUGUGUCAAACGCUGUAAGCUGCUGUGUGUGUUGCCGAAGUACAAGAAUCAUCCCACAGGUGUCAUCUUUUCAUCCAGUCAAGAGCCAUGUCCACCCCGAGGAGCCCUGAACCUCCUGGGCCCCCUGCUGCGUGCCACUCCUCCUCCUCCUCCUCCUCCUCAGUAGAGAGCAGCAGCUUCAUUGAGCCUGAUCCAGACCCUGAACUCCUCAUCCCGGUGGCACGGUCCUCGCUGUUGGCUCGACGUCUCCUGCGUUUGCGGGCCUACAGCAGCCACUUAAACCCCGUUACGCGCCGCAAGAGAGAGAUGAUCCCCCCCGACAAGAAAGAUGCCAGCUACUGGGAUAAGCGACACAAGAACAACGAGGCAGCCAAGAGGUCCAGGGAGAAGAGGAGGCUAAACGACCUGAUGCUGGAGGGUCAGCUGCUGGCACUGAGUGACGAAAACGCACAGCUGCGGGCUCAGCUGCUGAGCAUGCAGCAUCACAGCAGCCUGUGUGCAGAUAAGAGCAAAGCUGCAUCUGCAGAAGCUUCAGCUUUGGCCCUAUCACCAAGACCCCCUCACCCCUCCGUCCUCUUCCAGGCAGGACACUGGAGCAGCACGGCGAGGCAACAAGAAAGAGCGACCCAUCCGUUUGAGGCCAAGGUCCCUUGUUUUAGCUCAGCUAGAGGGGUUGGUGGUUUUGAUCAACAAAGCCCCCAAAGCUGUGGCACACAGCAGGGUCUCUUCGCUCCUUCCGCGACCCGCGUCCGCUCUCCCCGAGCAGUCUUGGAGGGCGGGAGGUCAGCUGACGCAGACAAGGAUGCUCAGCGACAGGUCUCCUCCAGUGAUGACAUCUCCAACUCCCAAGACGCGUCAUCCCAUUCCACCUACUCCGUCCGACCACUUCUACCCACACCUGACGCACUCCACCAUGCCUCCAUCCUCUCAUACCCACCUCCAAACUGGCUGGUUCCCCACGUGAAUCACCCGGCAGUUUGUAAUAAUUUCCUGCUGCCUUGGCGGUCCUCCUACCUGACCCCACCGGCCGUCUACUCCGGCCUGCCUCUCUACAUACAGGAGAGACAAGGCCAGGGUCUCGGUGUGGAGGCAGACAUUCAGAGGGGAUUCAAGAGCCGGUUCAGCAGCGCACCGGCGGGACUGUCUCAUCUCGGGAUACACCUCAGUCCUGACGGACGCUGAGGGGACCAUUUGACUGUCAUGGCGUUGAUUAUGCAAAAAGAGGAGAGGGGAGGAAUCACAUCAUAUUUUGUAAAUCCGAUUCUGCAUAACUGUAAUUACAGCUCAAUGUUUUAUUAAUUGUAAUGAAUACAAAAUAUAAUUAAAUGCAACAUACGUUUUUUUCAGUUUG